UGGUCAUUGGCAUUCGUAUUAUAGCGAGUUCAUCUAGUUCAUUGUAAUUAUAAAAAUAAAAAGUUUAAUAAUAUUACUAUAGAUAAUUUUAUAUUUUGCAAAAGAUAUGUUUGAAAGAAAGUUGAUCAACGCGGUACGAAGAAAACCACAAGUAUAUAAUAGACGAUUUCCAGGCUUUCGGAAACCAGCUGUAAAAGAAAAAGCCUGGGAAAUCAUAUCUAAAGAAGUGGGCAUGUCUAUUGAACUUUGUAAAGGGAGGUGGAGAACGCUGAGAGACCGCUUUACAAGGGACUUUAAGAAAAAAAUCAUUUCAUGUGGUGCUUCCUCCCCUGAAAUCCAUAAAUGGAAAUUUUACGAUGAUAUGCUGUUUCUAGGAGACUGUAUAGCGCCGAAAAGAACUGAAACAAAUUUCGAUGGCCGACAGUUAGUAGAAUUUAUUGAAGUUCCGGCACCUCCUAGCGACGCAUUUUCGCAAAGUAGCGUACCGAGUUCUGGAAGGAGAUCUCCCUCUUCUAAACAAAAACCUGAAGACAAAUUUUUGGAAGUAAUGGUCAAAAUAAUGGGUUUACUGGAAAGAAAAAUGGAACGAGAGGAAAAAGAUAUUGACGAUCAAUUCGACACGUUUUUGGGGUCUAUGAUCAAAAAGUUGGACAUCCGACAACAGGGCAAUUUGAAAAUAGAGAUUUUAAACUAUGCACACAGGAGAGUAAGUGAAAUUUUGAGCACAUAACGUAUCGUAUAUGUAUAUAUAUAUGUACAUAAAUUCUACAUUUGACUGUUAGGUUACUUCAUAAACUUAUAGAUC